AUGGCGCAGCUAUCAAUGAUUAGGCGGCGAAAGCCUCUGCUGAUCGUCUUUCUGUUGCUCCAAUGGUUUUGUACACAAGUAGUCUCCCAAGACUACAGUGUCACAAACCCAUGCGCUACAGGUUAUUGCUCCAGAUCCGGAUAUUGUAACGUUGAGGAUUAUUGCAGCGCAAGUCGCUGCGCCUCUACAGACCUAAGGAAGUCUCCAUUGAUGAGAGAUCCAAAGGAAAGGGACCCUUGUGUGGCACGCUGCGAUUAUACGGCCACUACUGGGGAAUUUUGCGGUACCCAAAAGGUGGACAGACCAGUCUGUAGGAAAAAUCACCGUCUCUCUCGAGUAGUGGGAUACUACGAGGGUUGGUCACCUACUCGUGCAUACAAGCCAUUCUAUCCGCUGCAAAUUCCGCCGAAUAUUUAUACGCAUCUGAACUAUGCAUUCGCAACUAUAAACCCCAGGACCUUUGAAGUUGGACCCACCAGUCGCAAAGAAGCGAUUCUUAUGGAACGUCUAACAGACUUGAAAAAGUCGCAGCCCUCAUUACGGGUUAAUAUUGCCAUCGGCGGCUGGACAUUCAAUAACCCUGGACCAACCGCAAGUGUAUUUUCAGACCUAGUUCGCUCUGAAGCAAAUCAGAAGAAGUUCUUUAGGUCUCUUAUCUCAUUUAUGUCCACAUACGGAUUUGACGGAGUCGAUAUUGAUUGGGAAUACCCAGUCGCCGAUGACAGGAACGGUCGACCAGAAGACUUUGACAACUUUCCCAAGUUCAUGGCCAACCUGAAGAAUGUCCUGAUGUCCACGUGUGGUCGGGAUGAGCUCAGCUUGACACUCCCAAAGUCAUAUCAGUACCUGCAGCACUUUGAUAUCAAGGCCCUGGAAAAGAAUGUUGACUAUUUCAACUACCUGUCCUACGAUGUCCAUGGAAAAUGGGACAGAGAGAAACAAUUGACUCGUGCCGUUUUGGACUCCCAUAGCAAUCUGACCGAAAUUCGGGAGGCGAUGGACCUGCUCUGGCGCAACGAGAUAAGCGCAGAUAAGGUAUUACUUGGAUUGCCCUUCUAUGGGCGAGUCUACACCAUGGCCGAUGACAAUUGCAAGAAUCCCGGCUGCAUGUUUGCGUCCGCUGGAAACCCCGGCAGGUGCAGCAGACAGGCUGGUAUUCUUCUCAACAGUGAGCUCGAUGACAUCCGCAAAGAGAAAAAUAUCCAGUCCACGUUGGACACGGAUGCCGCUGUCCAAAUCUUGACCUGGGAUAGGCAAUGGGCCACAUAUGAUGAUGAUAAGUCCAUACAGUUGAAGCUGGACUUUGCGCGCACAACUUGCUUGGGUGGAGUUGUGGUCUGGGCCGUGAGUCAAGACACUUACGAUGGAACAUACUCCCGUGCAUUGUCUGGGAUUACUCCUCAGCCUCUUUAUAUAGCUUAA